GCACGCUUCUCCACUUAGGAAAAUGCUGAUGAGCAGCCGUGGAUUUCCAAAACUUUUUAUCCCCAAUAUACCUGCUUCAUUUUGAAUAAUCAGGGAGGACGGACGUCAGCUGGAGCAGCAACAAACUGUCUGUCUGAGAUAUUAAGAUGAGCGCAGACACGGUGGAGCAGUCGGAGGCUCCAGCCAACCAGGCAGAGCAAAUAGGAAUCAACUUCAGCCGACAUAUAAAGACAGAGGACAUCAACGACUCGCAUCAUUCAGCUGCCACGCUGAAGACAUGUCACCUGACACAGAGCUCUCCCGUGCCUGGAGGUCAGCUGUCUGGGGAGCACACCUCCCUCCACACCAUGCAGCAGCUGGUUCUGAUGCCUCCGUCUCACCUGUCGUCUCCGUCCCCCUUCCUGCUCUCCCAGAGCCCCACCAGCCACCAAGGGGGAUUUACUAUUGAUGGACAACAGUUUAUCCAUCCGCCCAGUACGUCUGCCUCUGUCUACGCCCUCCUGCAGCAGAACCUGCUGUCUCUUCCCUGUCAGAGUCAAACUAGUCUCAUGCAGCAUCAACCUGGACUGGCUCUGACUCCACAGGCUAUGAGUCGCUCCGGUCUGGCCGGGCCGUCGAUGGAGAACCACAUGGACAUGUCCCACCUGCAGAUGCCCAAACACAUGUCAGUCCCACCACAGGAGGAACCCAGUGACCUGGAGGAGCUGGAGCAGUUCGCUAAAGCGUUCAAACAAAGACGCAUCAAACUGGGCUUCACCCAGGGAGAUGUGGGCCUUGCGAUGGGAAAACUGUACGGGAACGAUUUCAGCCAGACCACAAUCUCUCGCUUCGAGGCUCUCAACCUCAGCUUCAAAAACAUGUGCAAGCUCAAACCGCUGCUGGAGAAAUGGCUGAGCGACGCAGAGAACUCGCCUCCCGACUCGAUGAACAACCCCACCUCUCUGCCGCCGCUGAUGGAGGGCUACGGACGCAAACGGAAAAAGAGGACAAGCAUUGAAACGAACAUUAAGAUGACUCUGGAGAAACGCUUCAUGGAUAACCCGAAGCCCAACUCGGAGGAGAUAACUCUGAUCUCAGAGCAGCUCGGCAUGGAGAAGGAGGUGGUUCGGGUUUGGUUCUGUAAUCGGCGUCAGAAGGAGAAGAGGAUCUACUGCCCCGUGACGACUCUAUCGGUCAAGUCUCACAGCUACAACUCCAGAAUGGCCGGAGCAUCCAGAUCCUACAGCCCUCUGGCUUCAGGUGGAGUGUCAUCUAAUUCGUCUCCUAACAGUCUAAGCCGUGAAGCUUCUCCCAACGGUCUGUCCAUGUCCUCAGCCUCCAUCUCUCUAACGUCUCAGGUCAACCCGGCUUCCUACGGCACACCAGGGUCCUGGUACCGUACAUGGAAUCCUGCAGUUUAUCCUCACUGAAAACAACUGAAGCUUUUUGAAGAUUGUUUUUGUUUUGAGAAGGAUAUACAUUACAUACGCUGAAGAGAUGUGUUGCGGAGUGAACGCUGUUAUGAACAGAGGUUUACGACCGCAGGCUAAAAACCUUAGACGGACCCAUAAGACAGCAGAGGACUGCAAACACACACCACCACCUCCACCACCCUGCUGUUACAGGACAGCCUCCAGCUGUUUGAUUUGUGUUCAUGUGACUCUCUUUACUCUGCGUAGAGGAAAAACACAGAAAAACACACCUGACGAGAUAUCAUUAGUGAGGGAUUCUGGGAGUUCGAGCCUCAAAUAGACUCGGUUUUAAUGAUUGUGUGCCAUCUUUAAUGCUGGACUCUCAGUGGUUGUUGUUGUUGUUAUUGUAUGUUUUUUAUGUUAUAGUUGUGAAUUUGAUUCAAUCCUACAUUACGUACAGCCAGCCUGUCUAAAUAAAUAUGACAAAGGGAUUUCAUAGAGCUGUUUGGGCUUUAUAUUAGUGAACAGAACGGCUUUUGUUUUGGUUAUUUCAGCUCUUUACGGCAGUGGUUCCCAACCUUUUUACCCCUUUUCUGUCAUUGUGUAAGCUGACGACCCCUGAAUAAGUAAAUAUUUUAUGCAUAUUUCAUAUUAUAUUCAAUGCAUAACAAUAACAGUACUGAUAAACUGACAAACUUUACAAUUAACCCAAAUAGUGAACGCAAUAACUGCAGGAAAAUGAGCGAUUUGGAUGAAUUUUGAGCAGAUUAUUGAUAAGGUUUCCUGUUAUUUUUUUGAGGCUUUUAACUUUUAAUACAAAUUUCUGUCUGUAUUAAGUAUUCUUUUUUAAUUCUUAACAGUCAUUCACAAUUAAUAGGCUUAUUUUUUGUCAUUUUUUUUCUUCUCCCUGACACUUAGCCAUUGUUUGGUUGUUUUUAUUGCGGAGUACUUUUCCGAUUUUUCCGAUUUAUAUCUUAAAUAACAAUCCAAACUUUAAAAAUAACAAUUUAAUUUAGUUGUCUUUACAGAAAUUAAUGAAAUAUUGAGAUAUAGGCCAACUAUAUAUUUAACAAGACUCGGUCAAAACCUAGAAUAUGAGCAGAUUAUUUCCGGUGAAUACUGCAUCAGAAAUGAGUUUUAAUACAAUUCUCUCUAGUAUAUACUUUUUUUUAAUUGUUAACAAUCAUAUAUACUUAAUAGGCUCUUAUUUUGACAAAUUUAGAGUUUUUUUUACACUUGACCGUUGUUUUAUUCGCUCUUUAGUUGUUUUAACUUUAAAUCAAGAAGGGUUUUGCUUCAGGUUGGGAACCAGUGCUUUAAGGGCUAAAUCUUUAUUACAGCGUGGGUCUUAUUAUUGCAGUUUUGGCCGUCAUUUCUAUCAGCUCUGAUCACAACGGUGAAGAAGAAGAAACAGUGAAACUAAUAAUCCAUUAUUGCACUAGAAGUGUGAAAAUAAGUGUGACUGGCCUCGGGGCUUUGUUUACAAACCGUCUGAUCCUCUGCUCAUGUUUGUUGACCUGUUGGACUUCUUUUAGCGAUGUUAAGAUAAGAUAAUCCUUGUGUAACAAGAGGCAUCAGUAAAAAAACAAAACAAAAAAAACAAGAUAUAAUAAAUACGUAAAGAUAUCGGUGAAAACU